GAAAAAAUGCGGUUUUUAUUUAGUUGUUACAAAAAUCAUUGAAUGUACAAGUCACAAUGGUUUUGGGUGAUAUUCCAUAACUUUGCAAUCUUCUGUAUCACAUAACUCAUCGUAAUGUUAGGUAUGGAUGACCCGAGGUCAUUUUCGAAUAUCAAGACACUCGUGAAAAUGAGUGGUUACCAAUAAUUGGGAUAUUGUUUAUUGGACUCGCAGCGCUGUUUUCAGUUCGGUAAAAGCGUGUGCUUUUUACUUGUGUGAAUGUUAUGCAGGGGAACACUGAGAUCAGCGGUAAAGAUGACCUCUGUAUUAAUCCCAAUCGACGUAACCUUUUGCAGUCUGAGGUUGUGUCUUUCUUUACACCAGUAGCAGAUAAAUUGAGAUUGAAAGACAGUCAAUCUGUUCAUAGACCACGUCUUGAUAUUGUUGAAGAAAAGCCGCGGACAAAGACCAUAGUCGUGAGGUUAAGCUCCCCGGGGAUGUCAGAGGGCGUGCGAACUUUGGAUCACAAAAAUAGUGUGGGAGUCAUCACUGAAUUUCAACCGAUGGAAGCUUCUAGAACCAAAUCACCAAUAAGUAGUCCUACCAUUACAAAUGGGUCUGUGCCACAUAAAGAGUCAGAACCUAAUAUUCUGUAUAUGGACACGAACACAAAAAGACCUUCAGUACCUUGUAUUUCAUCGCAUGCACCGAAUCGAAAGUCACUGUUUACUAAUUUGAUACGCAGACUUUCAACUCCGCGAAGCAAAACAUCUCACACUGAUAAUUCUUCUGUACUGUUAACCAAAGGUGAGACAGGUAUGUUACGCACAGACUCUGGAUCAAGCAAUCCAAGUCCACGAAAGUUACGUAGGUGGUUUACAAAGCGUAUGUGGAAAUCUGCAAAACUGUCUGAUCAACUACAUGAAACACAUUGUAGCACAAAUUCACAGCCUUCAUUAACCAGUGUUGAUCCUGUUUUAGAGAUUCAGUAUGCACACUCCGCAGUUGACGACUUAUCAGAGGAGUUGCAGUCGGCCACCCAGGACUUUGGGUCUGCUCCAGUCCCCCGUAAGCUCAUAUUCAUGCCACAUCCAACGAAAUCCCCCUCACCACAUUCACAAGACGUUUGCAGUCAAAAUCCUAGUUAUAAAGUCACAGCUCGAGAUGCUGGCAUUGACUACAACAUCCAUGUUUCUAUGCAAUCUGAACUUAAUGAUAGAAUGGAAACUGAAGUCAAAAGCUCCCCAAACUGUUCACCAUCUUCUUUAUUUUGUACCACUGGCAUUCAUUCCCCGGUAGCUAGUUCCCCACUACUUUCUGCUGUGACACGUGGAAAUAGUAUACGUUCUGUUGGAAACGAAAUUCACCAUUUCGGGGUACCAUUUCACCAUAACAUAAAUAACAUUGAGCCAAAUAAUCUUCGCCGAUCAGAAGCGUUAAUUUCACAAUCAUGUGCAAAACUCCCACAAUCUGUAGCGUCUCAAUAUCCCAUAUCUCCUUUGGCAGUGUGUAGCUAUACGCCCAGUUAUCUCAGCGCAUCAGUGGCAGCAUUCGGUUACAGUAAAUAUUACUCGGCAUCAAAAUCAAUUCAUAAUCUAGUCCAUAUGGAAACUUCUCCUUUAGUAAUUCAGCACGCUGUUGGACAUAAGCUAUCCAUUCCCCGUUCUCAUAGCAGGACAUCAGGCAUUAAAAAUGAAGCAGUUGCUUCCUCAAUUUCAAGUACAGUGACUAACGCUUUCGAUGAGAAGUCACGAGUUGUGGGCAAAAUGUGUGGAGAUCCUGGAUCUAAUUUGGAAGAUUCUCAGUCAUCUUGUCGUCGAACCGAGUCUGGUCGCGAUGGCGUUUGUAAUAGUAGCACAGAAAAUGUCAAGUUGAGAAGAAAGAGGACAACUAGUAACACCAAUAACACUGAUGAUCAAGAACACUGGAAUCGAUCUUCACUCAUUAUGUUAGCAGUUGCUCAUGCUAGUCCUCGUGGUCGUGUUGUAACUCCAACAACAGUAUUAAACAAACCUUUCUUUCCAAGCUUAUCAGAUUCUAUUACUGCUUAUAGCGAGGUAAAUGAGAGUAAAGGAGAGCUCAAUACUUCAAUACAACAUAAAACGGAAUUAGUUGAUACAUUCAGUAGCAGCACUGAACUACCAUCUGAAGGAAAUUUAUUUGUAAUCACCAAUUCUAUCAAAGACAAACAAUCACUCAAUACUGAUUAUACAACGUUGUUAAAUGAAUCAGAAAUUAAAGUGGAUGGAAAUUUUUAUCUUCAACAAGUAGAUCAAACAGAGAAAGAAUUAUUGAAUAAAGUUUGUGAAAUUGAAACUGAUCUUAAUAAUGAAGUUGAUUUGAAUGAUGAAGUUUCUGGUCUUUUACGAACUGCUUCUGGCAAAGCGAGACUACUGAUUUCCGAAAAGUUUUGUCAAUUUCGUGCUUUAUGCCAUCAAAACCUUGCCUGGGAGAAUUCAAAAACAGUUGGGGCUGACAACAAUUCGGUAAACGAACCUAAUACAUUAGUCACUUUAGUUAGUGAUUUGGAUGGUUUCUGGGCAAUGGUAUCACUUCAAGUAGAUGACAUUCGUGGUUUAUUCAAACAAGUGGAUUCUUUACGGGCUAACAAUUGGCAACCAGUUGAUAACUCACUAUCUGCUACGCAAAAUAUCUCAGUAGGUGACUCCAUUUCGUCAGAGAAACGAAAGUUAAAUCGUAAAGUUACUAAAUCCACUGUAGCUAAACAAAACAAUACGAUUGCUCGACAACAGGCCCGUGAACGUCUUGAACACGCUAAACGUAAUAUGCAGUUAAAGAAUUUGAAUAGUUCACAUGAUGAUAAGUCAACAUUAAAUAUCACUGAAAAUAAGCUUAUAUUUGUAUAGAAUUUUUACAAGAAGUAUAUCUUUCAUUUUAAUAUUUGUAAACUAAUCUUCUUUUUCUAAAUAAAUAAGGCAACAAUUAAAAUAAAAUUGAAGUUAUUUUACUGCAAUAUAAGUUAUGGAUUUCGUUGUAUUGUUUAAAGUAUUAAAGUUUUCUUUUUUGAGCAUUAUCUCCCGCUUUUUCUCAACGAAUCCCUUUAUAUAUAUACUCUAUAUGUAUUUAUGUUCUUUUCAUUUCCCCAGUUCCCUUAUCCAUGUUAAAGAUAUCAGAGAUAAACGAACAGUCUUAGACUUUUUAAUUAGACAAAUUCAUUUACUAUUCACCUAUAAGUAGCUUUAUAUCUCUUUGCCGAUCCUGUCAUAUAUUCGUUAUAUGAGAUGGCCUUUCAUUAUUUUUAAUUGUUCUAAUUGUUGAGCGUGAUUAAUUUCAUGCAAUUGUUCAUUGUAUAUUCAAAGUUUGUUUUGGAAAAUAAUCUUACCAGUUCUCAUCACUUAUUGAUUACUUCCAGAUGGAACAAGAACAAAUAAUAAACAUUCUAGCAUUUCAACACCUUUGUUAUAUUCAGGAGCUGUUUUUUUAUAUACUAAGCAAAACAGUUUUUUUCAUAUUUUAUACGUUUUUCUUUUUUAUCAUCCCUAUGCUUGAUAAAUAGGUGUGUAUAAAGAAUAUUAUUAUUGUUAUUAAAGUUAUUAUUACUAU